GCAGAGUGAAAGCUCCCAGCCGCGACGCUCAGGGCAGCACCCCUGCAGCGGCUGACUGCGCGGCCCGGCCCGGCCAUGCCUGCGCUCUGGCUCAGCUGCUGCCUCUGCUUCUCGCUCCUCCUGCCUGCAGCCCGGGCCAACUCCAGGACGCCAGUCUGUGAUUGCAGUGGGAAGUCCAGGCAAUGCGUGUUUGAUGAGGAACUUCACAGACAGACAGGAAAUGGAUUCCGCUGCCUCCACUGCAGUGACAACACGGGUGGCAUUCACUGCCACAGGUGCAAGGAAGGAUUUUACCGCCAGAGAGACAGAGACCGCUGUUUACCCUGCAAUUGUAACUCCAAAGGUUCUCUUAGCGCUCGAUGUGACAAUGCUGGACGAUGCAGCUGUAAGCCAGGUGUGACAGGAGACAGGUGUGACCACUGUCUGCCAGGCUUCCACACCCUCACUGAGGCUGGGUGCACCCAAGACCAGAGGCUCCUAGACUCCAAGUGUGACUGUGAUCCAGCUGGCAUCUCAGGGCCCUGUGACACAGGCCGCUGUGUCUGCAAGCCAGCUGUCACCGGAGGGCGCUGUGAUAGGUCUGUGUGAACUGUGACCCUACGGGCACAGCAGGGUGUCCCUUGGCAACUAGCAUGAGAAUUCAUCCUCAGUGCAAUU